CUUCACACAAUGACCAGGAGGAGUUUCAGAUACUGAUGAUGUGCACAGAAGAAACUAAAAGAGAGAGUUAACUGCAUUGAUGAUCAAGAUGUUUUCUUUCCUUUUUCUUCAUUAUACAUUUUGUUUUUGGACUUUUAAUCACAUACUCUGACAGUCCCGGAUGUAAUUUUGUCAUAGCACAACUGCAUUUAAUAUAAAAUAAUAAUUAGCGGCUUCUUAAAAAUUAAUGGCCAAAAAAUAGAAAUCCACGUGACAAAUGUGCAGAUGUUUUGAAAUCUUGCGACUCAUCAGCAUCCAAUUCAACACGCUCCUUGUUUUACAGUGUGACUUCACAUGUAUCUGCACCCUGAGGUUUAUGUAUAUGGCGGGGCAGGUUCCGGCUUGUUGCUCGGACAUUUGCUCCAGUCAUCUGACUACAGGCUAUGUUUUCUCUGCAGUUUUUUUUUUUUCUUUCUUUCAUUUUGAUGCAGCGGGAGGCGUGCCGGACCGGGCCGGGCCGGGCCAGGCUCGGCUCAUAAGCUUCAUGUGAUCCUGCAGGGAGGUGUUUGGCUAAAAAAGACUUUUUCAACAUCCAGGCUGCACCAUUUGAGAUCUGAUCAGUGUCCCUCGCCCUCUCACGGAGCUACCUGCUUUGCCUUUUUUUGGGAUAUUUACAUCACUUGUGCGGCGGCUUGUUCCGGAUAGUGACGCGCUGCAGUUCCGAUAAUGGGAGACGCUCAGUCUGCGCAACGGGAGAACAAGAAGGACGCAGCGGCUGAGGAGGAGAGCGGAAAAGUGGAUGAUGCUCCGGCGGAGCAGAACACUGAAGACAAGCCUCUCAAAAAUAAUGGGCAAAUCUCUGAGAUCAAUGGAAAAGCAGACAGCACUAUAGCCGAAGUCAAUGGUCACUGUGAAGAUGAGAGCGCUGCAGAGGCUGUCCUGUCUCCAGAUGAAGAUGUUCCAGAAACUACAAAGUCACUUAAAGAAGAAGAUACACCCGUAGAAAAUGUUGAAAUUAAUGAAAAUGAAUCACCUAAUGAAGUUGAUGAUAAUGAAGAAAUGAUUGAAAUGGAUUCAAAGCAGAAUGACAUCAAUGAAAGUUUUAGGAGAUUUUUCAGUAACAUCGGUUUAAAGCUGACAGUUAAAAGAGGCUCGGCUGAAAAAGCUGAAAUAGAAACAGAUGUGCCUGAUGAGACGAAUGAGGAAGAAUCAAACAGACCGGAAUACAUUGAGGGUACCGCAAAGGAAACCAAAAGUGAGGAUACUGAACAGAAUAUAGAUCUGACCACAGCACAGGAGACUUAUGACAAUGAUUCAACAACAUGUCCUACCCUGACAGAUGCUACAUCGGAGGACAUCCUAGAUAAUGCAGAGGUGAAAGCAACAGAGGCCAAAGAGGUUGUUGGAUCUGAAAAUGUAGAUGCAGCAACAACUUCACCUGUACAUGAAGACGAAAAGGCACAACAGGAUGCCACACUUGAGGAAGACCUACAUCCUCCAUCUAGUCUUGAACCAGAUGUGGUUGUAUCUCCAAUUAAAAGGUUUUUUACAACUGGAAUCUUUUCUGGACUACGGAAGAAAAAGAAGCCCACAGAAGAUGAGACAACUGAUAAAGAAUUGGUGGAGAUGGGAAAGGAAACAGUAGAGACAGCAGAAAUACAACAGGAUAAAGAGGAGAUUAGUCUAGGUGUUGAGGCUGAUACAGUUGAGACAGAAAAUAAAGAAAACAAACUUAAAGAGGAGAUGAAUGACGGGAAAUCACCUCCCACAGAUGCAGUAAGCAUUACUGUCAAUGAGCCUGAAAUUAUGAGUUCUCAAGAGAAAGUUCAAGCCAGCCCUCUGAAAAGGCUCUUAUCAGGGUCUAGUUUAAAGAAACACUCCAAAAAGCAGAGAGGCAGGAAAUCAAGUGACGCAAAGCUGUCAGACUCUGGAGAACACUUUUCAGAUCAGCUCAUGUCAUCUAAUGAGUCAGCUGAGCAUCAGAAAGAAGAAAGUCCUGUACAACAUCCUGCAGAGGCAGCAGGAGAGGAGGAUGGCGCAUGGGCUUCUUUCAAAAAACUUGUGACUCCGAAAAAGCGCAUGAAGACGUCCUCCUUGACCAAAGAGGAGGAGACACAAAUCCCAAGCUCAGUAGAGGAAACAAAACCAAGUGAAGGAGAGCAAAUAUCAGAUCACAGCACUGAAGAUGGCAAAAAAAGAAAAGACUCAUCUGUGUCAUGGGAAGCUGUUCUAUGUGGCUCUGGAAGGAGAAGAAGCCGAAGUCGAAAAACAUCAGACUCUGAGGAUGAAAUGCCCCAAGUUGAAAAUGACAACAAGAAGCAAGAUUCGCCAUUAGAAAGUUCAAAUGAAGUAGAUGAAAUUUUAGCCAUCUCCCCCAAACAAGCAGGAAGUCCUUCAGAGGUUGAUGGAGGAUCAACAUGGAAAUCACUGAAAAAACUUGUCACCCCCAAAAGGAAGGCCAAGAAUGAGGAAGAAAGCAAAGAUAAUGUACAGUCUGACAGUGAAGUUGCUCAGGAUGAUUCCUCUUUUUCAAUAAAGAAUCUUCUCCCAGGUCGAAAAAAGAGGAAGUCUGCUGAAAAGCAAGACCAAGUGUCUUCAGAUGAGGCUGACAAGGAAGCAGCUUCAGGUGAAGAAGACUCUGAGACACCAGCUGUGGUUCCAUUGUCUGAGUUUGAUACAAUUGAAACAGAAGUUCACAUAGAAACACAGGCUGAUGUAGAAAGCCAUGUGCCCAAGGAAGCAGACUAUGAACUGCAGCAAGACCUCCUUGAUCAGAUGGCUGAACCAGUCCUGCCUUGUGACAGUCUGCAAACGGAAGUAAAGAAAGUCCAAGACGAUGAGGAUACUUUAGAGAAUGAGACAUCUACCACUCCCGCUUCAGAUGAAGAACCUGAGGACCUUACAGAAUUAAUCAGUAAACAUCAACAACUCAGUGAUAUUCCAGAGGAGGGAAUAAUUACAGAGACCAUGGCCACUCCAGCUUCAGUCACUGAAGACACAGCUAGAUAUGAUGAUACUAUAGCAGAUGAUCUGAUAGAAAUGACAUCUGAAGCCAUAACUGCUCUAGAGCCAGUAGACAUUACCUUGACAGAUGAAACUGAGAUGAUCUCUGCAGUUUCCCAGCUAUCAGAGUCUUCAAAAACAUCAGGCAACACAACACCAGUUCCAGUAGAAUACGACAUCAAAGAUACAGAGGCGCUCCUGCAUGAGGUUGUUGAAACCAUCUGCAUAAGCCCAAAGGCAGCCCCACUCUGUUCAGAUGAGAUAAGCUCAGAAAGAAUAGUUGGAUCCGUCUCGCAUCAAAUACUCGAAUCAUUUGUAAAAGAGGAGCCAGCAAUUCUGAAAAUACACAGGAGAUCAGAUGCAACUGCCAUUAAAAUAGGUCUAAAUGCUGAAGAACUGGACGUAAUUACUGAACUUGCCGCAACAGUCCAAACAGAGAGCAUAUCUGAAGUCAACGAAGGUGUUUCCACAGAAAUUGUAUCUGAAGCUCCUACCGUGGAGAUUGACACUGCUAAAAUUGUUGUAGAUGAAGUUCAUGAGGUCAGCAUUUUACAUCCAGAAGAAAGCAUAAAAGAAUUAGAAAGUACUGAUGAGAGCCAACAUCAGGUGGAAAGCCAAUCUGAGGUAGACGAAGCUGUGUCUACAGAAACAUUAUCUGAAUGUGAAGAAAUUGUUGCAGAUGAAGGCUCUCUAGCUGAUGAAAAAGAGUCCCUACAAUUUGACUGUCAAGAAGUAGAAUCAGCUGUUACUGUAGCAGAAGAAACUAAGGAUGGAAGUGUGGAGGAUCAAGUCCAAACUCUGACACAAAAGGACGAUGAAAUCUUACACAAUAUCACUGAUCAAGUUCAAGUUGAGGAUAAAGAUCAACCACCUGUGGAGGUGGAGGAGUUACAAGAAUUAGCAGCUGCACAAGCUGCCAAAUUAGAAUCAGAGGAGGGUUGUGUUCAGUUGCUUGAAAAGGAAGUAAUAUCAGAAGAUAUUCCUGCAACAGAAACGAUAACACAUGAACCCAUAGAGAAAACAAAGCCUCUCACUGAAGAUAAUGUUGAGGCAGAGAAGGAAUACGAACUACAAGCAGAUGCUGCAGAAACUGAGCACAUUGAUGAAACAGAGGUGUUAGAAGCUGUACAAACAGCCACAGAUUCAGAGGAGGAUAGAAUUCAAUUGCCUCAAGGGGAAAUACUAUCAGAGGAUAUUCCCACAGCUACAGAUGAAACAAAAAAAGAGAACCUCAUUGAAAUCAGCAUUGAGCCAGAAAACAAAGGACUGAAAACAGAUACUCUAAAUAUUGACAAUCAUCAAGUUGCAGAAGUUUUACAAGCUAUACAAGUACCCGCAUUAGAUUCAAAGGAGGGCAGUGUUCAAUCACUUGAAAAAGAAGUUAUAUCAGAGGCCACACCAAAGGCAGAAACUGUUACAAAUGAACUCAAAGAGGAAACAGAGCCUCUCGUUGAAGACAAUGAGCCAGGAGAUGCUUUUGAAACUGAACAUGUUAAGGAACUCGAAGUAUUAGAAGCAAAAUUAGAUUCUGAAGAGGUUAGUGUCCAAUCACUUGAAAAGGAAUUAAUAUCAGAGGAGAUUCCACCAACAGAAACUGUUGAACUAACACAGGCACCUGAGAGCAGUGUAGAGCCAGAGGAAGAACAAUCAGUAGGGGAUGCCAAAACGGACUAUGUUGAAGAACCACAAGUAUUACCAUCUGAUGUAAAUGAAAUUGCAACUGAAGCAGAAACUGAGGUAGAGACAUCAAUGCAUGCUCAUGUAGUCACAGAAAGUGUUGAGGAGGGUAGCGCUCAGGAACUAGAGAAGCAAAUAUUGUCCGAAGAUGUUCCCAAACCAGACACCAAGAUUGCCAUCGCUUCAGUUACAGAUGAAACUGAGAGUAAAGAUGUGGAAGAACUGGACCAGGCUUUAAAGAUAAAUGAGGAUCAGAAAACAGAGGGCACACAACAAGAUGUUCAGGUUGGGCAGGAAAACCACAUCGCUGAAGUUGUAGAUGACUUACAAACAUUAACAGCAGUUCAUGUAUCCUCUGUUAGUGAGGGAGCAAGUAGUGUUCAGGUCAUAGAAAAAACUGUAUUUUCUGAAGUAACCCCAGCAACUUGUGUGGACAGUGCUGCAGUUACACAUGAACCCAAGCACGAGGUGCAUCUCAGUGCAGUGGUUGCCAGUGUUGAGGGAGAAAAAGAAGGUGAACUUGAAGCUGCUGUGAUAAAGAGUGCUGCAGUUGAGCAUGCUGUAGUAACGGAAGUGAUCACAUGUCAUGUGAAAGAUGUCUCAACCGCUAUACCUGAUGUUUUGGUAGAGAAAACAUCAGACAUUCAUGAACCCUUGAUUGACACAUUAGUAAGUGAGAUAGAAUUCGAGGAAACAGUCAUGAGUGCAACACCACUAGUGAAAGAUGACGUGAUUAAGACAGCAGAGGAAGGUAGUGUGAUUAUGAUGAUGAACGUGCCAUCAGUACAGUUUGAGGACAAUCACAGAGUUCAAGUGCAGGUGGUCGAUGUUGAUAUCAAAUCAGCCGAGACAAUUGUUGACACAGCGCUAGAGGUAGGGGUAACAGAAACCAAAGAAGUUAUAGAUGUUUGUCAUGAAACAGUUAAAGAAGUAGACACACUCUCUGCCACAUCAAAGACUGAAGAAGUAAUUAAUAAGGAAAGCAAGGUGACCAUUCAAGAAGUUAUUCAACAUGUAAAGGAGAAAGUACCAGAGACAGUACCUGAAUCAGUCCUUGUCAACUUGGAACAAAAAGUUAUGAAACAGCCAGAUGCUGUGACAGAGGAGAGUGAGAAAGCUGAACAGCAAGUGUUCGAGGAACUAAUGCAAACACCUGAUAUUCCAGGAAGUUUAGAUGUCUCUGUCCAUGAUCGCAAAGAGGAUUUUGAGGAACCUAAAGAUGAAAUUAAUGAGGAAUCGCCAAUUCCACAAAUUGCCCAGAGUCAGAUUGUAACCCCUAGUAACAGUGGAGUAGUAGUCCCCCAAAACACUGGAAUAGUCUCGUCAAUAGGUAAUGUGGAGUCUCCCUCUAGCCUUUCUUUAGAAUUCAAACUUAACAUACAGUUUGGGCAAGCAAGGGCACCAGCUUCUCCACCACCUGCAACAGAGAGGAUCGAACCAGUUAAAAAGACAGAUGUGUCUGAAGUCGGCGUUCAGGUUGUAGAACCCAAAAAGCAAAUAGAUCCAACACAAAAUGCUGAGGGCCAGAAACAGACAGAGGUAACUGAGGUUGCUGUUCAGGCAACAGAAAUCACAGAACCACAACCAGCUAACAUCAAUUCAACAGAAAGAGCAGUGAUCAUGAAUCAACCAGUACUACUGGAUGUUGGCAUGCAAGCAAUGGAAACAGUAAAACCAGUAGAGCAAAUCAAAUCAACAGAGAGAGUAACGCCCAAUGUCCAGGCAACAGAGACAAUACAAACAGUAAGGCAAACAGAGAAAACAGAAAUGAGUCAGCCAGUGCUGUCUGAAGCUUGUGACCAAGAAACAAAAGCAAAGGAACCUGCUAAACAAACCGAGGAGGAAAAUGACCAGGAUGUGUGGCUGGAUGCUGAGGAAGACAUUUACACUCAAGGGGAAUCAAAGGUGCCUCUUCAUGAGGAGGAGGAACGUCUAGAACAACAGACAGAAAGUGACCGGGACAAAAAGGCAGUACCUCAACAUGAGCUUGAAAUGGCUUCUAAUUCCAAGAUUGAGGAAGAAGAAAGUCAACAAGAAAUGCUCAUAACAGGAGCAACACGUGAAAUUGAGAGUGAGGGUGAAGAUUUUGCUGUUGCACUUGAGCAUCCAGAAACUGCAACUGCAACCAUCACUAAGAUCGAGUGGGAUUAAAUCAGCCAAACUUCAACGUCAUGAAAAGGUUGGGCAAUCAAAAAGGAAGUCACUCAAGUUUGUAAGGAGUUAUCAAAAAGCCAUUAUAGAGAAGGACUGACUGGUAGAAGAAAACUACAGGAAACAGCAUUUUGCUGCUUUUAUUUGGCAUUAUGCUCAAUCAAAUAUAUUCCAAUAUUUACUGAUGAAACUUGUCUUGAUUUGUAAUAUUAUUUCAUUAACAUUAUAAAAUUUGUGAUUCAUGAAUGGGAUCUAGCAAGAGACGUAUCAACUGGAAAAGUGCUACUCUUCUCGGGGGAUGCAGUGUAAUUUUAGAAGUGUGACACUGAACUACAUCCUCUUUGCAGUUGCCUCUUUCAGUAAAUUUAAUGAGCUGCUUGCUAUAGAGUGUAAUUUUAAUAACUAAUCAUGUCAGAUCUUUUCAAUCAUAUUUCACAUUAUAUUCUGUUUUUGAAUAGAAUGUAUAUGUCUAGGAGAACAAGAGAGUAUUUUUAUUAACAAUGUCUUUUUUAAUGGUAAACUGCUUCAAAAACAUUUGUGUAAGUGUUAAAAACAUAAUUCAUAAUGUAUGUGACCUAGGUACAGUGCAAAUUAAUUUCUCUUGAUAUAUAGUAUAUUAGUAUAUGUAGAUAUUUCACUAUGCAUCAAUCUAUGUUCAUAUGUGCAAUUGUUUAACCAUUUAAUCUUAAAACACAUAACUCCUAAUAUAUGCAGGUAAAAACAAUAGGCAGCAUACCCCAGAUAUAUAGUAUUACUGUAUAUUACCUUGUACAUAAUGACUGUUUUAAUGCUUACACAAGCCAAACUGUGCUAAUUUUGAGUCUUCAACAAUUUCUACUGUGACAUGUUUAAAAUAGAAAAAAGAGCAUGAUGAGCGCAUGGCACAUCUUUGCUUUUCAAAAAGUAAUAAUUUACACUAUAUUUUUGAUUUCAAGUUUAAAUGAAUCUUAACAUAUGUAUUUAUCAUUAAUAUAAUUAUAAUCUGCAGAGCCUUAAACGUAAACAAUCAUGGCAGCUUUACUUGUCCUGUUUUAUUUCCCAGCUUUUUGUGUCUGGUGUCAAUGAACUUAUGGUAUAAAUAACACCGUAAGCUUAGUAAGGACAAUGAGUGGUAUGGGUGAAAGAAGAAAUAAGGUUAUGACAGGCUAUUUGUUGUGUCUGAAUUUUUUUCACAUACACUGACUCUUUUGGAAAAUUCUUGCUGGUCUGAUAUGUGAUGUCAACUAAUGACUAAAUGUAAAACAUAGACCUGUGUUACCUGUGUUUAUAUUUACCAGUGUUUUAUUAAUAAAAUAUUAUUUUAUUUGAAUAAAUUAAUACCUGUA